AUGUCUGUUCAAGCUGAGUUACCAGAGCUAGGGAACUGCUCAAGGUGUAAGACCGAAAAAGCGGUGGCUGUUUCCAGAAAAGAGGCCUUUUGCAAAUCGUGCUUUAUAAGGUUCAUCAGUGGUAAGCAAAGAAAACAAAUGAGCGAUGAGAAAUUCAAAGUGAAGUUUGGUGAACAUAUCGUUCCAGAGAAAGUUUUAUACCCUAUCUCAUUUGGACCCUCGUCAAUUGCGUUACUGGACAUUUUGGUCUCAUUAUAUAUUGAACAACUAAGAAAUCCAAGAGCCAAGUUAGGAUUUGAGUUGACGGUGCUAUACGUUGAUGACUCUUCAAUCAAUGGUUAUGAAAAUGAUGUUGAUGCCAUAAUACAAUCAAUCAAGACUCGAUAUAACUCGGAUCAAUACUCCAUCACGUUUAAAAAAUUAGACAUUGAUUCAUUUAUUGGAAACAAAGAAUCAUUACACAAGGUGACCCUAUUACAAAAUUUCGACUGCUUCAAAAUUAAGAAAGAUUUCAGUGAGUUGAAAUCAGUGAAUGAAAUACUUGAUGUUUGUCCUAAUCGAGCAUCAAAGCAUGAUUUAAUUCAGAUCAUCAAGAAAGAAUUAAUCAAGAACUUUGCUAUUUCUAAUGAUCACAAAACCAUCAUUUGGGGUCACAAUAUGUCAAGGCUAGCUGAAGAAGUCAUCGCAUUGACUGUGAAAGGUCGUGGAGCUGAAAUUUACUCAAAUUUAACAGACGGAGUUGAGUCAUACAAAGAAUGGAAUUUGGAACAUCUUCAUCCUUUACGUGAUGUCUCACAAAACGAAAUUAACAUGUUUAUAAACUUACAAGAGCUUUCAGACUUGUUGCUAAUACCUAAGGAUAAAUCUGAAAAACUGAUGGUGAAACAAAAAACAAUAAAUGAGAUUGUUGCCGACUAUUACAAAGUGGUUGAUACAGGCUAUGAUAAUAUAGUAUCCACUGUUGUCAAAACCGGUGCUAAACUUGUUGAACCAAAGAAGUUUGGUGAAAAAUAUUGUUCAAUUUGCAAAGGGAAAAUUUACAAUGAUCCAAUGAACUGGUUAAGGGAAAUAACGUACAACAAAUCUGUUAGUCCUGAAAAUGAAAUAGAAGAGUCAUCAUUACAAGAAUGGAAAGAAGCCAAUAAAGAUGAGAUAAUAGAACUAGAGAGUAGUGAAAAGCUCUCUGUUGAUAUCUGUUAUGGUUGUUCUGUCACUUUAGGAGGAACUAAGAAGAGCUCAUUGAAUUGGCCAGUUCCUGACCAUGAGCGAACAAAGCAGGAAAUCCUGGAUGAAUUCAUAAUAGAUAACGACGACGACGAAUGA